GUAGGUGUACGAGGAAGAAGGACGCUAUAAAAUUGUUGGCUUCCCAAUGUUUUGUUCUACAAGUCGCAUGUUGUUGGGUAGAAGUAGAACUAUAAGAUUAGCUGCUCCUCUUUGUUGUUCUCUGUCCAACCUCAACGCCAUCUCGCGUCCUUAUCGUCAUCAUAUUUCAUUGUUUAGUGUUCCAAUCAAACCAGUUCUUUCAACUCCAACCCAUUUGUCUUUUACUUUCCGAACAGAUCACACUAUGACCUCUCAAUCAGUCCAUGAUUUCACCGUUAAAGAUACCAGAGGAAAUGAUGUUAAUCUUGGCCACUACAAAGGAAAGGUCCUUUUGAUUGUCAAUGUUGCCUCACAAUGUGGCUUGACUAAUUCAAAUUACACGGAGCUGAGUCAGUUGUAUGCGAAAUACAAAGAGAAAGGUCUUGAAAUUUUGGCAUUCCCAUGCAACCAGUUUGGGGCACAGGAGCCUGGAACUAAUGAACAGAUACAAGAGUUUGCAUGUACUCGCUUCAAAGCUGAGUUUCCCAUUUUUGACAAGGUUGAUGUGAAUGGUGGCAAUGCUGAUCCACUCUACAAGUAUCUAAAAUCAAGCAAAGGUGGACUCUUCGGGGAUGAUAUCAAGUGGAACUUCUCUAAGUUCCUUGUUGAUAAAAACGGGAAUGUUGUUGAACGUUAUGCACCCACAACUUCUCCUCUAGGCAUUGAGAAGGACUUAGUGAAGCUGUUGGAUGCAUGAAGCUAUGAAUGACUGGAGCUGCCAAUAAAUGAAUAAUGAUUAGACUACUAUUAUGAAUAAAAUAUGUAUUGUGGAUGUUGGUGCAAUUUCCUCCUUUUCGUAUGUGUACCGAAACCGUUGUUCCUGUAUCUCUGAUAAUAGUUCAUCUUCAUGAAAUUGUGGACUUAUUACUACUAUAUGAGUGUAAAUGAUUGCUUAGGCUUCGCUUAGCCCUACGCAGUGGUUUGCUUAUUGG